GCUGGUGCGCUGGAUGGACAGGUCGCAUCACUACUCCGAGUGAUUGAAGAUCAGAGAUUCUUCAUCCGUUCACACCGUACAGGGAUAAAAACCGUCUCGCAAAGACAGUGAAACACAAAUUGUUGGUCCCCGACAGGACGUGUGAUGCGAGCCGCCUUUAAAUGCAGCCUUCAGCGUAAAAUCCGACAUUGUAACAGCCAUCAGGCUCGGAGCGUUUUAUUUAUCCGUUUUUUGUUAUCACACCUUCCCAUUUAGCAGCAGGCAUGGAUGAUGAUAAUCAAGUACCUGAAGAUCUGUCCAUGGAUGAAAGGGACGAGCUGACAAACAUACGGCGCAGGAAAAAAGAACUACUGGAUGACAUCGAGAGGUUGAAGUUUGAGAUUGCAGAAGUGAUGACAGAAAUCGAGCAGCUCACCUGUGUGGGAGAGAGCAAAACCACACAGAGAAACAAACAGAUUGCUAUGGGAAGGAAGAAAUUCAACAUGGAUCCCAAAAAGGGGAUCCAGUUUCUCUUGGAGAAUGAUCUCCUGCAGCACACCCCUGAAGAUAUAGCCCAGUUCCUGUACAAAGGGGAGGGUCUAAACAAAACAGUCAUCGGGGAUUACUUGGGGGAACGGGAUGACUUCAACAUUAAAGUGCUUCAGGCUUUCGUUGAGCUCCAUGAAUUCGCAGACCUCAACCUCGUCCAGGCGUUAAGGCAAUUUCUGUGGAGCUUCAGACUGCCGGGCGAGGCGCAGAAGAUCGAUAGGAUGAUGGAGGCCUUUGCAUCGCGGUACUGUCAGUGCAACCCAGGAGUCUUCCAAUCCACAGACACUUGUUAUGUCUUGUCCUUUGCUAUCAUCAUGCUGAACACCAGCCUUCACAAUCCCAACGUCAGGGACAAGCCCGCUGUUGAGCGCUUCAUCUCCAUGAACAGAGGAAUCAAUGAGGGAGGAGACCUACCAGAGGAGCUGCUCAGGAAUUUGUACGAGAGCAUUAAAAGUGAGCCUUUUAAGAUCCCGGAGGAUGAUGGCAACGACCUGACCCACACGUUUUUCAACCCUGACAGAGAAGGCUGGUUGCUUAAGCUAGGAGGAAGAGUAAAAACCUGGAAAAGGAGGUGGUUCAUUUUAACCGACAACUGCCUGUACUACUUUGAGUACACAACGGACAAGGAGCCACGGGGAAUCAUUCCUCUGGAGAACCUCAGUAUCAGAGAAGUGGAUGAGCCCAGGAAGCCUAACUGCUUCGAGCUGUACAACCCCAGCCACAAAGGUCAGGUAAUCAAAGCAUGUAAGACAGAGGCCGAUGGACGGGUGGUGGAAGGGAACCAUGUGGUCUACAGGAUAUCGGCUCCGACACCAGAGGAGAAAGAGGAAUGGAUCAAGUCUAUAAAAGCCAGCAUCAGCAGGGAUCCCUUCUACGACAUGCUGGCUACCAGGAAACGCCGCAUAGCCAACAAAAAGUGAUGAGUGCCUCGUUGCCAUACGUGAGGCCUUGUGCCGUCAUCGACACAGGACCUUGUCACGGUGGACGAUUCUCCACAAUUUAAGCCCAUUAUCUCUUAUUCCGCUACAAUUUCCCUCUAUCUAUAAGAGCGCAGUGUUGCCGCUGGUGCUUUCCCUGCACUUGCAUGGAUGUUAGCGAGCACACAUGGACAGCACACGUGAGAGACCAGAGGAUUACGGAUUGAUGGGAUUCCACCGUGAAAUCCCAGUGUGUUCAGACCUCAGUCUAUCCCCAGUCACUAAAGCGACACUUUGCUCAUGGGAUUAAUAAGAACAGAAAGCUGGAGCCCAUAAGGAUUAUGGAAGUAAACAGGCAUCCAGUAACUGUUAUAUUUAUUAUUAAGCAAAUUUUAACUCUUAACGUAAGGUGUUUCUUUAAUGACCAAUGAGAGUUAGCGCGUACUCCAAUCAUCCACACUUUAUAUUCUUCAUUUCACUGCAGCUCUAACUGACAUAGACUAUUAUCUCACUAUGGUGCUGAAGGAGUUUGUGUUCUGUGCAGUUUGUCAAGAGUAACAGCAUAAAUAAAAGCUAUAUAAAUGUGGGAAUGCAAUUUAACACUAUGUGGCAGUCUUAAGUCAGCUGGACUGAUUUCUUUCGUUUGUUGACAAAGUACUAGAAGAAAUAUAGUUAUGUUUUUGCAUCAUUUUGGCUUUCUUUGUAAAUGGGCUGGUGCCAGUGAGUAUAAGUUUUCUGUUUAGUCCUUAGGAAUGAGACGACAUUUAAGCGAGACCACAGGGCUAAGACCACCGUUAAGGAAAUGUGUGACUGAAGAGUUUACAACACAAAUAUUACACAGAUGUCUGUUUCUUUACGGCAGGUUCUAUUGGUUUCACCUCGGGAGGCCUUGAGCCACAUGCGUCGCUCUACUCAGUGUGCAAGUGCUGACCUGGGAUCAGUCUUUAAACUUGUUUAUGAUUAUAAUGACGUGAAUGAUCCUAGAUCAGUUCUUUCCUCUGAGACUCUUGAUGUAGAAGUUUGACAACGUAUUGAUGUGUUGUGAAUAUUUAUCCCUGUUCAAAGCUAAACUUUUGCUUGCAUUUAUGUUCCCUUUACAAACAUAAGUGUAUAUCUUUUUAUAUUUAUUUUCUCUGUGAAACGUUUGAGCUGUAAUUGCUGAUACGAUGGACUUAAGUUAUGUGUAAAUAAUGUAAACAGUUGUCUUCUUUGUGUAUGUACGAGUUACUGCAUAUAAAUCACAACAGCUAUAGUUUGGGAAACUCCUUUUGGCAGCUUUAUACUGCCGCCAUGUCGUGAUUCAGAUUAUUAUUAUUAUUAUUAUUAAAUGUUGAUUUCUAUGUAUUUGUAUAAUAAGAGCACUAGCCCAGGGUGGAAUAUUAUCUUCAGCUACCCUGUGAAGCUAUACAUUAAUUUUUAUAUGAUUGUAAAAGCUAUUGGUCAUUAACAUAAAACAUUCAUAAAGCUUUAACUCUGAAA